UGUGAUACCCUAUACUCAUUCGUACUGGACGGUCAUCCGAGGAGGAGUGCACUGGAAGAUGGCUGACAAACUGUUAGAGAGACACCUUACGUGUUCAAUCUGCAUGGGGGUGUUCACCGACCCGGCCACACUUCAGUGCCAGCACACGUUCUGUAGGUCUUGUCUGCUUCAAUACAUUCACACCCAACCAGAGACUCUCCACGUCCGAUGUCCAACCUGUAGGCACCAGUCAGAGGUGGGCGUUCCCAGCAGGCGUGUCAGUGACUGGGUCCGGCAGCUGAAGCCUAGUUUUGUCAUACAAGGUCUACUGGACGAUUUUGGUCCAGCAACAUUAGACACGAUUUCCAGACGGAUUAUUGUCGGCCUGGACAAUGGGCCAACUCCUGCAAGGGUCGUCUAUGAACAUGGCUUGUUAAACUCAGCACGGAGCCUUGAAGAACUUCAGCUGGAGGCAAAGGUCAACGAUGUACACGACCGGAAGUCGUCUGCUCUGCAUCACAUUAUCGACUACAGGUGGAAGUCUAAAGAGAGUCCGGAUUUGAAAGACGUCACUGUUUUGACAGUUGAUAACAUGAAGGUAACGGUAGUCAUGGACCUCAACAACAAAAGCGCCACUGCAGUUUUUAUAUCGAAACACAAGCAAUUUCAGCAACACCUAAGGUUCCAAAACAGACCGUGGCAGAUUGCGAAAAUAAGCGACCGUCGAAUUGCAGUGAGUGUUCCUCAGAGUAAUGGAAUAGUGUUCAUACACUUCAACCCUAACCUGGAAGUGGAGUCGUGUAUUAUGACAUGUAAGCAAUAUUACGCCCUCGCCUGUCUCACUCCAUCUCAACUUGUUGUGGGCACUGUCGGGGGACAGUACUCUGUUGACAUUAUAGACAUGUCCGGUAAUGUUCUCAGAUCAAUCCACACCGGUAGGAUAUAUUCCCCAGAUUGUAUCCACGUCACCAGCGACAGGAACCUGGUCGUCAGUCAAGGGAAAGUAAGGUCCCUUGUGUCUGUGACGGAUGAAGGAGAGAUGAUAUUCGAAUACACCCCGACGGGGACGAGGAUCCUGCAAUGGCCACAGGGAGUGAAGACGUCUUCUAAUGGAGAUAUUUUACUUGUUGAUGGUGGCUCGCACAAAGUAGUUCAGCUGACAGAGAAGGGUCAGUAUGUCCGAGACCUUCUCAUAGAUGACGCACUGGAUGACCCUCGUGGUCUCUGGCUGGACGGGGACUUGCUGUAUGUCACUCUGCAAGAUUGUGUGAAAGUGUUCAGUUUAAAGCAUUACCUCAUCUUUGGAAAAAAGAAAGGUUGAAAUUCUGGACAUCUCCUCCGACAACAUAUGAUAUUCAAUAGGACGGUAGACUGUGGCCAUUUGGAAGCACGAGAGUUUGAUGCAAGUUCCAUUAACACUUUGUUUAUCUGUUAGGUCAGAGUUGAUUUUUAUCUAGUCUGCCGGUCCUUGGAUGCUGUCUUACACCACGAAUGAUGUACCUGACGGUGAGGUGGAAGCACAGUUGGGCGCAUCGCUGGACGUUCGGGACAGAUGUUGUGCUUCCCAAACCGGUCUGCAUACCCUUAAUAAAGGAAUCAUCCCAACUUGUAACGUGGCAGUUUGGUAUCAAUCCCGCAGAUGCAUCAACGAAUAUGGUUGCUUAGUGCUGCCCUGUUUUAGGUAACUACUCAAAGAAAGAAAUUAUGUUGUGUUUCACUGAACAUUAAAAAGUCUGAAAAAUUCUUUUUGCGCUAUUCCUGUCAGCAGCAACACGUAGACGUCAGUUAUAAGCAUGCCGAUUCAUUUGGCUUGUAACGCAAAAUGAGUCACCAACGCACAUAUUGUGACUGACGGGUGUCUUAUCACUAUUUUAAAUGAAAGGGGUGUAAAGUGGUGAACACAUCAAGUUCGCCAUUGGCGACCUUGGCAUUGUCCUACCUCGUAUUGAAGAGGUUGGCUUCUAAUAUAAUAUGUCUAAUCAGAUCUGGCUUUUUUCAAUGCG